ACACUUUUGCUGUGAGCGCUUGACCAAAGUGUCUCUCUAAGUUGUUAUUGUGAGACACGAUCGUGUGUCGGGCUCACCCGAAAACCCGAAACACAUAACACAAGUGAAGAGACAAAAAGUGUACGAGUCGUACACAGUCGCCUCUUCAGCUUCACUGGUCACAGCUAUCCGGAUCCUCAGAUGUAGCACUUAAGCAGCAUUCAAGUCGAUUGGACAAAUACAAAGGAAUCGAAUGCGAACGAAAUACAAAUAGUCUGGAAAACUGAAUAGACAAGCGACAGUAAAACGCGUGGAACCACCAAACAUCAAAUCAGCCACCGCCACCUUCAAAAAAGCAGCCAAGCAACGACGGCACGCACGGUCUGAGGAGCCCAGCCCAAUUGCGGUUAGAUCGGAUCACUGCUGCUGCUGCUGCUGCUACUAAUAUGCGUGUCAUCGCGCCGCGUGGAUCAUCAACGUCAGCGGCGGGCAGCGGCAGUCUUUACGGCACAUCGUCGUCGACCAGCGGCGGCAACGGCGCCGGCAACAGCAGUUCCGGCUCCGGUGCUACAGGCAGCGCUUCAGGUGGGGCCACCACCAACGGUUAUUCACGCUGCAACACAUACUACGAUCGCGGCAGCAGUCUCUCAAAGUUUCUGCCUCCGUCCGGCGGCUCAGUCUCGUCCACAGGCUACAGCAGCGCCAGCAGCUGCUAUCCCAGCUCGUACUUGGCCGCGUCCUAUGCGCCGCGUUCUACCUUGCACCGGAACAGCGUUGGAUCCACAUCAGCGUCUUACCUAAGUGGAGGGUCGGUCUCGAGCCCGUCCUAUCGCAUUAGUUCAGCGUAUUUGAGCGGAUCCACCUAUGAUUCACCUUCUUACGGCAGAUAUGGAUUGCCGCGCAAGACAACAAAAGGAUCCGUAUCCGGAUCUGGAUCCGCCACCAAUGGCGAGAGCGGAUUGAAAAAGAACGACUAUGGACUGCGGCGCGAGGCUAAGAAGCCGCCAACAAGUGGCGGUGGCAAUGGCAAUGGCAGUGCCAGUAGCAGCAGCUACAGCGAGAGCGCCAUUAGCAACGGCCAUUCGAAACGCCUGUCCAGCUCAUCCUCAUCACCAUCCCUAGCACGUUUAGUGGCCACCUCGGGGCUGGACAUGUACGAAAAGUACAGUCCGGCCAACUAUAAACCCAACAGUGAACCAUCGUCACGUUCUAGAUCGGGGCUCAGUGAGACGCCGUCGGGCGAUGUGGACGGCAACGGUAAUGGCAAUGACACGACCACCUGCACGGUCACCCUGGACCGCUCGCGGACCAGUCGCUACAGCCGGCUCUACAGCAAUAACAGUGACGCCACCGACUCCACGCCAUCCACCAGCACCGGGACAAGCACGAGCACAACAUCCUCAUCGCGGCUGGGACAGCGCAACGGGUCGGGCCGGUUCACGUUGAGUAGCAGCAACAGCAGCGGGGACGUGCCCACGGCCACCUUCACACUCAGAAGCAACAGAACGCGGCGCAGCAUUGCGGAUGCAUCGUCGGCAAGGGAUACAGAAGCAGCAGCAGCAGCCGCAGCUACAGUAGCCGCAGUAGGAUCAGUAGCAUCUCAUACAGCGCCUCCACCACCGCCGCCGCCACCUCCACCGUCAGCCUUAAAAUCAAUCAAUGGUCAUGGGGCGGACAGCAAUGGACUGGACACGAAGCUCAAUGGCCUGUCCUUGCUGUCGACAUCGCCGAAGAGGAACGCAAUCUACGAAAGUCGUAGUGGGAGUAGCGUGAGAGCCACUCUUGAUACGACAGAUGAUGCGGGACCGGACGUGGAGGAUGCGAACAAUGGCGAUGUGAGCGCGACAGCUACAUUCAAGUUAACGGAAGCCGGCAGCAAGGCCAGGAACGUCGUCAGCACACGGAACGUCCUGCCGCCCGUGUCGCCAACACCCAGCCGCUACUGGGAACGGGACAGCAGCAACACCACCAGUCGCCAGUACUCCUCUUCCAACUCCUCAGCUCUGAGCGGCAGCAGCAAGUACAACACCGACGAGGGCUACCGGAGCUCGGCGACGCAGCGCGAAGAGAAAUCGGAAGGUCUGUGCGGCCUGAGAAACAUCGGCAACACCUGUUUCAUGAACUCGGUCAUCCAGUGCCUGAGCCACACGACUGAGCUAACCCGCUUUCUGCGCACACACCAUGGCUCGCGCUCGUCCGCCACCAAAGAUCAGCUAAUACUCUUCGAAUUUGCCAAACUCAUACAGGAGAUGUGGACAUCAAGCGUGCACACCGUAACCCCCAUGGACCUCAAGCGGGCCUUCUCUGCCAAGCAUCGCAUGUACAGCGACUACAAUCAGCAGGAUGCGCAGGAGUUCCUGCGCUUCUUCCUCGAUUCGCUGCACUCGGCCCUCAACUCGGGCAUCAAGGGCGAGACCCUCAAUAUUGACGAUAAUCUCAGUGACAAUAAGAAGGCCGAUCUAACCUGGGAGUGGUAUACUCGGCAUGAGAACUCCUUGGUACGCGAUCUCUUUGUGGGACAGCUGAAGAGCACUCUGAAGUGCACAACAUGCGGCAACACGAGCGUGACCUUCGAUCCAUUCUGGGACUUGAGCGUGCCGCUACCCUCCUCAUCGCGCUGCAAGCUAGAGGCCUGUCUGGAUCUUUUCAUUCGCGAGGAGAUUCUAGAUGGCGACGAGAUGCCCACAUGCUCUAAAUGCAAGACGCGCCGAAAAUGUACCAAGAGCUUCACCAUUCAGCGUUUCCCCAAAUAUCUUGUCAUACAUCUGAAACGCUUCUCGGAAACGCGCUGGAGCAAGCUGUCGAACAUUGUCGAGUUCCCCACUGCUGACCGCGACCUCAAUAUGGCCUCCUAUGGCGCAAACUCAAACUCAAAUGUGCAUUACUCUCUCUACGCGAUAUCGAAUCAUAUGGGAUCAACUGCUGGAGGUCAUUAUACGGCCCUUUGCAAGCAUCCAGUUUCUCGCAAGUGGCACGAGUUCAAUGACAACAUUGUGAGCGAUUCCGUUUCCGAAAACUUUCUCGUUUCAUCCAGUGCUUAUAUACUUUUCUACGAGCGUACGUAAGGCUCAGUUCUCAGUCCAAAAGGAGUCCUUGAUCUGUGUGGGGUGGCUUCUGGGCAGGGACAGGCAGGGGACAACUACAACGACAACAGCAAACAGAUCAGCUCAAGGAGGGAACAGGGACAGCUUCAAACCCACUCCCAGGGCAACAAACAGGAACACCAGUAGAAACGCUUCGUAGAAUUGCAAAUGAACAGAUUUAUUUUAUAUCAAAAACAAAAUAUUGCAAGAUCAACGCCCAGCUGAAAAAAACAGACCCCAAGAACACAAGAAAAAAAUUUCGGAAAAAGUUUAAUUGAAAAAGAAGAAAUCAAAAGAAAAAGCAGCGAGCCUGUACCCGGUCCCCGGUCCCCGACAUUUAGUGUAUAUAAAAAUCCUGAACUUCGUGGCCUGAAAAGCGGUAGAAAACUAAAAAUUUGAUUCAACAACAUACAAAGAAUUUUUGCAAAUACAUAAAUAAGUUUCGGCAAACUUAUCCCCUGUGCAGAGAACUCUUAAGCAAAUGCUGCUCCUUUAAAACAAAAUUAAAAAAUUAAAUUAAGUCCACACAUCCA